AAAAAAUCUUGAACCUUUCCACUUCCACUCGUGAAGAUUUCCUACGAGUAAUGAGUUUCGAUGUUGACACAUAGAGAAGUUUUCAAAUGUAUUAGACCUAAUAUAUUACUGUUUUUUGUUAAUGAAUUAGUUGCCAAACGAUUUGUUAAUACAAAAUGACUAUCAUUUUGUUUCUUAUCGACACAAGCGCUUCUAUGAACCAGCGAACUUAUUUAGGUGCUAGACCUACUCUCUUAGAUGUUGCAAAGGAUGCUGUUGAAAGAUUUAUUAAGAUAAGGCAAAGAGAUUCUGCAAGUAGAGGAGAUAGGUAUAUGCUUUUAACAUUUGAAGAUCCCCCUGGAAACAUAAAGGCUGGAUGGAAAGAAAGUUUAGCUACUUUUAUGACAGAGUUAAAAAACCUGCAGUCUGUAGGAAUGACUACACUUGGUGCAGCUCUAAAAUAUGCUUUUGAUUUGCUGAACAUUAACAGAAUGCAGACUGGCAUUGAUACUUAUGGUCAAGGUCGAUGUCCUUUUUAUUUAGAACCUUCCAUUAUUAUUGUAAUUACAGAUGGGGGAAAACUAACCACCACCCUUGGUGUGCAAGAAGAGCUAAAUCUUCCUAUGCAUUCAUCAGUACCGGGUUCAGAAUUGACCAAAGAGCCAUUUCGAUGGGAUCAGCGAUUGUUUUCUCUUGUACUUAGAUUAACGGGCAUUCCACCUGCUGAAAGAGAACCAAGUUCUGUCGUCCCUCCUGAUAAUUCACCUGUAGAUGCUAUGUGUGAAGUAACUGGAGGUCGUUCAUAUGCUGUUAUCUCUCAAAGAAUGUUGAUGCAGUGCUUAGAAUCUCUUGUUCAGAAACUUCAAGGAGGAGUAGUGAUAAACUUUGAAAAAAUUGGACCAGAUCCUCCGCCUAUUACUACUGAAGAAUCUUUAAUGGAAGACAAAAUUAGCCACAAGCCUUCCUCACCAAGUGUUCAUCCUAAUCUUCCAAAUCCACCGAAUCAAAAUGGUACAAUCAGUCCUCCCUUAUAUGGAUCUAAUAAUAAUACAUCUUGGCAGUCAUGCCGUAAACUGAUUUAUGUUCAGAGAUCGGCUCAGAAAGGAUACACUGUUGGCCAUUGGCCAAUACCUGAGUCAUUCUGGCCAGAUCAAAAUAGCCCUGCUUUGCCACCAAGAUCAGCACAUCCUAUAGUGAAAUUUAGCUGUGCAAACAGUGAACCUAUGGUUAUUGAUAAUCUUCCAUUUGACAAAUAUGAACUUGAACCUAGUCCUCUAACCCAAUACAUUCUUUCUCGAAAGCAGCCAACAGUGGCUUGGCAGGUUUUUGUUAGUAAUAGUUACAAGAAUAGUGAAGUUGAUCAUCCGUUUGGAUACUUAAAAGCCAGUACUAGCCUUACAUGUGUUAAUUUGUUUGUGAUGCCGUAUAAUUAUCCAGUAUUAUUGCCUCUGCUAGAUGAUUUAUUCAAGAUUCAUCGAUGUAAACCUACAAGAGAAUGGAAACAACAGUUUGAUAAUUACCUAAAAAACAUGCCAUUAUAUUAUGCAGCGCCACUUAAGCGAGCUUUGCAAAGAAUGGGAGCUCCAAAUCUUGUACCUGACACUAUGGAGAACUGUUUAAGUUACAAUGUACUAAAUUAUCUUAAAAGAUUAAAAAAUCAGGCUAAAACUGAAUUUGAAAAACUUAUCUCAACCGUUGGAACAAAAAAGACAAUAUCAGACGGGAUACGCGUCAAUCCUGCGCCACAGCGCCCAUUUGGCUCAGCCACUAAACUCACUGAAAUGAAUUUGACGCCACACUUAGUUAUGAAUGACAGAUUUACAGCUCUGAAAAAUGAUCUAAAUGAUUUUAAUCUUUUUGUUUUAUAUGUUAAAGACAGAGAAAUAAAGCAUGAAAGCUAUAGAAAUGCAUAUGAUAUUCCUAGGAAUAACAUUUUGGAUCAGCUUGCCAGAAUGAGAUCAAACUUCCUUCAGUGUUCUUUGAGCCAUACCCGACUUCAAGAUGAAGAUCAAAUGCAUAGCCUUCCUGUUGGUCAAAUGGGGAAUUAUCAAGAGUAUUUAAAGCGUUUCACCCCACCUUUACGAGAAAUUGAAUCCAUUCCUGUUCGUCAGCAUAUGUUUGGUAAUCCUUUUAAAAUCGACAAAAGAAUGAUGGUUGAUGAAGCUGAUAUUGAUCUUGUUGGUGGCGGUGGAGGAAAUUCUCCCAUGCGAGGACAAAAAAGGCUAUUAGAUUCACCUAUUGGAUCUCCUAAAGCUAAACGCAAACCUGGUCCUUUACCUAAAGAUUUUCCCGUUUGGCGACCCCAGAGUCCUUCACCAAUAUCCCCUAAUUUAAACCAUAUAUCAUCAGAAUCGCAUAUCAUACCAAUCACCCCCCCUAAUGAUGCAGAUGAAGAUAUUUAUGUUAUAGAAAAAGAAAGACAUGCUCCGCCACUUUCUCCUUUGGAAGAUGGACUUUUCAUGUGGAAUAAUGGCCCUGACAUGCAGGUCAUGAAUCAUGUUAAUUCACGCAAUGUAGUGAAUCAUAUUGACUCUUGGGGUGAUGAAGAUGUUGGAUUAAACAUGACAUCUGUAGGACUAAACUGCACAAAUGAUAUCAGCCACUAUAUGCAGGAUUCUGUUUUUAGGACAGAAUUAAUUCGUGUUAGAAGUUCCCUUUUUAAAGAAGUCAGGAAACCAGGAAGGAAUUUUUGUCAGCUUUUUAAGCAGUUGGAGGCAGUGGACAAUAAUCUUGAUGUUCAAAUUUUUAUGGUACGGGAAGUCAUAAAUGAGGCAUAUAGGUUUAAAAGAAAAUACUUAGUAAAGUUAUUAGAAGACUUUGAACAAAAUCUCCUGCAAAGUAGGAGAGUAACACAUAUUGAGCCACCUACCUAUUCCAGGUAGCUAAGGAAAAUAAUUAUCAUGUGUAUAUAAAAAUAAGAUCCAAUUUUUUGAAUUAUUUUAUUAAAAUGUCAUAUUUUACUAAAA